AAGCAGGCGGCUAAUUGCGAGUGCAUGUGUGCAAACACAGACUUGUACUUUGGAGCUGUGGCCAAAAGUGUUUCUGUCGGAUUUACACUGAAAGUUAGGAUGGCAGGAGCUUUUCUGUCCUUACUCCUUCUGGACUUUCACCUUGGCUCUGGAGCCCCAAGGCCAGUAUUUCUCUCUGAGAAGGCAGCAGACAGCGUCCUCAGCAGACACAAACGUUACAACACCGGCGUGUUUGAGGAGUUUCUGCAGGGAAACUUAGAAAGAGAAUGUUUAGAGGAAAAAUGUAACCUGGAAGAGGCCAGGGAGAUAUUUGAGAAUGAUGAAAAGACUAUGGAGUUCUGGUCAAGAUAUGUAGAUGGCAAUCAGUGCAACUCAAGCCCAUGUCUGAACCAGGGAACGUGCAAAGACAACCUUGGCUACUACACCUGCACUUGUAAGUCUGGCUUCACGGGCAGGAACUGUGAGAUCGUCUUAAUAAAAAGAUGCGAUGUAAACAAUGGAGACUGCAUGCACUUCUGUGAAACAAUGGGAACCUAUGGGGCAAAAUGCUUUUGCGCGACAGGAUAUAAGCUGAUGCCGGAUGGGGUCAGCUGUGACGCAACAGUUGAAUUUCCCUGUGGGAGAACAGCACCAACUGUUGUGAGACCAUUCACAAGGUCUCUCGACGUCGCUGGCUAUUCAAACCACCGGAACAGCACACCGGUAACCAACAUGACGAAUACUGCGCCCUCACCUCCAACGGCAGCCAGUACCGCAGAGCCAGAUGACUACUAUGACUACUCUGAUCACAAUCAGUCUCUAAGUGACGUGCCCUUGAGGGAUUACAAUCACUCUGAGAUCCCCUCUAAAGAGUCACCCAACGUUUUCAAACGUAUAGUUGGUGGGCGGGCAGUCGCUCCAGGAGAGAUCCCAUGGCAGGUCGGACUGGUAGCACAUCCCAGUGGUCUGUUAUUCUGUGGGGGCUCCAUCCUCUCAGAGCGCUGGAUCAUCACCGCUGCUCAUUGUCUGGUGGAGGCGCACGGCUCCUACGUGGUCAGAGUGGGGGAGCAUAACACAGCUAUCAAGGAGGGCAGAGAGCAAGAUUAUGAGGUGAUGGAGGAACACGCACACCCGCGCUACAACGCAAGUUUUAACUUGUACAACCACGACAUCGCCCUGGUGUAUCUCAAAGCCCCCAUCAGCUUCUCUGCAACAGUCAGACCAAUCUGCAUCGGACCCAUGGCUUUCAUCGAGGCCUUGGUGAGACAAUCGUCCUCAGCAACAGUGAGCGGCUGGGGCCGCACGCGCUACCUCGGGUCCUCUUCAAACGUCCUGCAGAAGAUCGAGGUUCCCCUGGUAGAUCAGACGGAGUGUAAAAAAAGCAGCAAUGAAAGGAUCACUCCUGUUAUGUUUUGUUCUGGAUACUACGACGAGGCCAAAGAUGCCUGCCAGGGGGACAGCGGGGGUCCUCACACCAACAGCUUUCAUGGCACUUGGUUCCUAACGGGGAUUGUGAGUUGGGGGGAGGAGUGUGCGAAAAAAGGGAAGUACGGCGUGUACACCCGGGUGUCUGUUUAUUACAGCUGGAUAAAAUACGUGAUGAGUGUAACCAAACGCAGGCUGGCUUUGGAUGUGGAAUACCCGGACUCGUGAUUGUGUACGUGU